GGCGGGGUGAGUUUAGCUGUCCUCGGAGGGGUGUGUGAGAACUCGGCGACGAUCUGCAACAGCAAAGCGGGAAUAAGAGCAGCCGGCUGAUCUAAAUUUUUUUUUUGCAGCAUCUUGAGUACAAUGAGCCCGACGUCUAGUCUUCAGCACCCGCUGUGAUCCUUUCGCGUAUUUUUCUUCGUCACCCAACCGGAGCCAGACAGGCAGCGGGCCAUCCGGCGAAAGCAAGCCGGAAAUCGAUGCUCCUCGGCCCGCGUCCGUGCUUGUUUUGACCUGCUUGAAAAAGGAAUCCUGCAAGAAGGAUUUGCGGUCCGUCAAUGAGGAACUACCGGCUCAUCUUUUGUCACAACCUGAAGCAGCCAUAGAUGGUUAAGUGUUUCGCUGUCUAGGGAGGAGAGCAUAGGACACACUUUCACUGCUACACGACGUGAGGUCUGAGUGUGGUUGUGGUGAGGAGGGGGGACCAUGAGGAAGAGUGCGUCUUCGUUGCCAGGCAACGAGGGCGGGGGCCCAGCCGGCACCGUCCGUGUGUUUGGCGUGCCCUUGGAGGAGGUGACACGCACGCACACGCUCGGCGGUCUCGAGGUCCCAGCUCUUGUCAAGGACAUUGUGGAGUACAUUGAAGAGCAUGGUCAUCUGGAUUUGGAGGGUCUCUUCCUAGUCAAUGGCAACGCCGAGCGCGUGGGCUGGCUGCGGCGUCGCUAUGACAGCGGCGAGGAGGUGGCGCUUGACAAGGAGGCAGACCUGGCCUCGGCCGUCAGUCUGCUACGACUUUUCUUGCAGGAGCUCCCCGAGCCCGUCAUCCCGGCGCCCAUUCAGGGACCCAUUUUGCAGCUUCACCAAGAAUACAGCAGCGAAGACGAGCUGUGCCGUCACCUGAAGUUCCUGCUGCAGCAGCUUCCACAGCUCAACUACGGCCUGCUACGCUUCCUGUGCCGCUUCCUGGCCAGCGUGGCGGCGCUACAGCACAAGAGUUGGAACACCGGAGCUCUCGCCGCCGUCUUCGGGCCUGACAUCUUCCACCUGUCGACAGAAGGCGAGGACCUGCGUGAACAGGAGUCUGUUAGCCGAGUCCUGGCCGAGCUGCUGGACAACCAGGAGGGCCUGUUUGACUCUGAGGACGAUGAUGUCUCCACCACCAAUGACUACAGCUCCAUCAACGAACAGAUCACAGAACUGCUGGACGAUGACAAGUGUGAGGCAGAGUGCGAGGAGCUCCCCCAGGAUGGCGAAGAUUGCCCCACCUCCUCAAACUCACCGCAACGCACCUGCUACGACGACCCGGCCGACAGCUCCCAUCUCUCCCCUGUGCCCAUGUUGCCUGCUGACUCUGCAGAGAUCAUCGAACAAACCAUCAGGGCAGCGGUGGAGCAGCAUUUCUUGGAUCUUAAGUCCUCCAUUGACCAGGACCUUGGCAACUUUGACAGCCACCAAGGUGACACAGCGCAGCCUGCUGUUUGCCUUGGUGAGCACCAGAAAAAUACAGACCAGAAAGACACGCAGAAUGCACUGGGGCGCCUGGAGGAGGGUUCAGGAAUGGAGCUGGAUGCCGUCCGAGAUACCCAGAACAACAUCGGCGCUGCCAGUGCAGAUCAUCAGCCUGGUGAUGCCACACAUUGUGACUCUUCAUUCGACCAGAAUGCCAACACCAGCCAAAUGUUAAGCAGUGGCCACGCCCCGCACAUCCAGCUGUUCCCCGACCACCAAUGGGACGCACCACCUCUUCCUCAUCAUCAUCACCACCACCUCCACCUCCCUCUCAUAGAUUUCUCAUGUAUGCACCUGCAGAAAGAAGGCCAAGAUCCGGUUCCGGCCUUCAAGUCCUGGCAGGACGACAGCGAAAGCGGCGAGGCUCAGCUGUCCCCCCUGGCGGGACGUAUGGUUCCCCUCCCACUGCUGCCCCUGGAGGAGGAUGACGGAGAUGAGGGCGGUGGCGAGGGCGGGGGGGAGGACGCAUCGCCCUCGUCCUCCCGCUCGCACCCACACCUCCUGGCGCGCCGCUUCCUGGACUUCGGCGUGCACGGCGCACAGCGCUUCUUGCAGCAGGAUGCCGACGCCACCUCCCCCACCAAAGCACACAGGCCGAGGCGAGCGUCGUUCGGCUCCAAGGAGGCGCUGAGAGGAGGCGACUCAGUGACGCACCAGCUCACCAAGAAGCUUCAACACCUCAAGAAAAAGAUCAAACAGUUUGAGGAGCAGUUUGAGAAGGAGAAGAACUACAAGCCGUCUCACGGCGACAAGGCAGCUAACACCAAAGUCCUCAAGUGGAUGACUGACCUCACCAAGAUCCGACGGCAGAUCAAAGGACGCCAGCACCACCUUUUUCCCAGGAGCACGUUGAGGCACCAGACUGUGCUCCACUCACACAGGCGCCAUCCUGCGCCGCCCACCCUCACGCCCCCCUCACAUUGCGCACUCGCCCCCCACUCGGGCCCGUGUCACCUCAACGCCAAACAGCGCGCCGAGAGCGAGCUGGGCCCUCACACUCGCCCCCGCAGCAACACGCUGCCCAAGAGCUUCGGCUCCUCUCUGGAGCAGACGUCGACGCAGCAGGCCUCGGCGCCGCACCCCACCCGCGAGGAGACCAUGGAGCUCAUCCAGAGACGCGUGAGCGGCAAGCGGCAGGAGGACGGCUGGCCCGAUGACAUCAAGAAGAUGACAAAAGAACAACUGUCCUGCGAAAAGACCGUCCUCCAGAAGAACCUGCUGCACUACGAGGGCCUGCACGGGCGACCGGUGACUCGCGAGGAGCGCCUGGUGGUGAAGCCUCUCUACGAACGUUACCGUCUCAUCAAGCAGAUGCUCACCAGAGUCACCAUCACGCCCGUCACUGUGUCUCCUUCCAGUAAGAGGCGGAGCCAAAUCCUCCAACCAAUCAUAGAGGGAGAGACGGCUCACUUCUGGGAGGAGAUCAAAGAGGAGGAGGAAGGGGAGGAGCAAGCGGCAGGAGAAAAAGACGACGGCAAUGAGGAGGACAAGAAGAAAGAGGAGGAGGACUACAACGAGGAGGACGAAGAAGAAGAAGAGGAGGAGGAGGAAGAGGAAGGAGAGAGCAGCGGAGGAGAGAUGCAGAGUUCAGAGGUCAUCAUGGCCAUGGAGAUGAGCACCACCGCGGGGGGUUCCAUGAGGGCCAAGAUGGAGGAAGGCUCCGGGAAGAUGGCGCUCGACCUGAGACUGUCCAGCUCUAAUGCCUCGUCCAUGCCAGAGCUGCUGGAACAGCUGUGGAAAGCCAGAGCAGAGAAGAAGAAACUGAGGAAGACCAUCAGAGAAUUUGAGGAAGAAUUCUAUCAACGGAACGGCAGAAACGUGCAAAAGGAGGACCGCGAGCCCAUGCUGGACGAAUACCGAGCCUACAAGAGACUUAAGGCCAAACUGCGCCUUCUGGAGGUGCUCAUCAGCAAACAGGACUCUUCCAAAUCCAUAUAGGCGCUCGCGCGCACACACACACACACACACACACACACACACACUUCACACAGAAAAAAAAACUGAGCAAAAUUUGAUCGACAGCAACCUCGACCAAUCACUGCUCUCCCGCGUAGCAUCCAUUCAAUCCAAGCAGAGCUCAUUCAUCACUGGGGUCUCAAAGAGUUGUCGCUCUUGACGCCUUGGGUUUUUUUUUUAGUCGCCCUUUUAACACCAAAAGUUUAAUAUCGUUUCAUGUUUUGUUUUUUGGUGUCUGAAUUUAAAAA